AUGUCGUGGCUAGUAGCAGGCGAUUUCAAUGAAACUUUAAGUAAUGCAGACAAGUCUAGAGGGCCUCCCCGAGGUGCAGCACCUAUGGCAAGGUUUCGUCAAGCCUUAGUGGAUUGUGAUCUUGCUGAUAUGGGUUUUUCUGGCUCCCGGUUCACCUGGGCUAAUAGAUUUACAAAGGAGAGGCUGGACCGUGCUUGUCGAAACCCCACCUGGGGCAAUAUGUUUCCUUGCUCACGUGUGCUCACCUUACCUUUGAGUCGCUCUGAUCAUAAUCCUCUCCUUGUUGAAGUUAACUCUGAAUUGGUUGUCACUCACCGUACACCUAAACGGUUUCGGUUUGAAGAAAUGUGGGCGCAACAUGGUGACUGCCCAAAUGUCAUUCAGAAGGGUUGGAUGAUGCCAUCUACAGGGUAA